UAAAGGCAUACUAGAAGAUUGCAAACUUGUACGAACAGACAGGAAACAAGUCGUUCAUGUGCUUUCCUUUGAGAGGAACUUAUAUUCCCUCUUAUAUGAUGAUCGAUACCAUGAUCCUGAGCAACCAUAUUGUAAAUCCCAGUCAGCGAUCCAACCUAGACAAAAAAACUCACUUGGUCCAAAGUAGUCAUUGUAUCAUGCAAAGCUCUGAAGGAUCAAGGCCAAUCAAAGUCAAAGCAGUUUCGAGGCAUGAUUCAGACUGAUGGUAUAGGAGUUUCUGUUCUCAAACAGAAUAAAGAAUCAUCCAGAGGAGGUAAUAGGGGCGUACGCAUACAAGAUGACGAGGCUUUCCAAUACAUAUGCAUAUUGUCAACAAAAGAUCUUUAGGACACCACCAACAAGUGCGUCUUUAUAGAUCCUGGACGCCGUGACUUGUUG